AUGGAUUAUUGGACUGUGAGUGGUGGAGUAGCUUGUAGAAACGGAUGGUCUUGUCGUGCUUGCAAAUAAAACAUUUAUAAAGGAGAAGAAAUACUAGUUAGAGAGGGUAGGAAGUUAAGGUUCCAUUUUCAUAAGGACUGUUUUCAAGGAAAUGGAGAUCCAAGAACUUAAAAUGAAUCAACUUACUUUAAUUAAUAAAAAUAUGGUAAAAUAUCAGAAAAAGCUCCUGAAGUCAAAGGAUAUGGUAAAUGGAGUGUUGGUAGUUAUGGCUAUUAACCAAACUUUAAAUGA